AUGUCAGUUUUAAGCGAAUGGAGGCGGGAGUGGACCACAGAAGCUCAUGCACACCGGCAGCGCCUAACAAAAAACGCUCUUCAACGUAACCUGCGUGAGGACGUCCAGCGCCGUGUGACUUCGUCGUCUGUCUCUUCAAGCAUUGCGGUUGUAGAUUGCUGUUGGUCACGGGGCCAGUGCCCGUGCGAUACAACGCCUUCCGUCACCACCGCACUGGCACCGUAUCUUUUUUGCGCGCUAGAAGAUGGUGUUGUUUGUGUUAUCAAUACAUCGAAUUUCGCAAAAACAUACUUAUUCGAAGAUGACUCUUUGCAUCGCCGCGAGAAGGAGAGGGCAGGCCGGAAGGAAACUACACCGCAGCAUGACACGCAGCGGGACAGGUUGGUUGCUAUCGACUGUUUUCCUCUGCAACAAAAACCAAAGAGGGAGGUUACGGCAACAAAACAGGUGGCGGGGCAACCAACUGUGGCAGACAGUGAGGUGAUUUCGUUACUGUGUACUGUGGUGGAUGGCUUUGUGUGUACAUUUACCAUAGACGCUGUCACAAUAAGUCGUGCACGUUCCCACAGUUUGAAGGCUUCUAAUGUAUGCCGGGCCAUCAAACUUCCCGCAGAUACGGACCUGUCUGACAGAGGCUCGUGGAAAACCUUCAGCAUAAGGUUCAGCCAACAGGGUUCACGCAUCAUCGUGUUAGCAACUUCAACAGGUCCCCCCACUCGCAACCCGACAGCGUUCAGCAACACAGCUGGCUCGAGAGCGGGGUUGAUAUACACCACGUUCCUGUGCGUGCUGAAGCGUCAAGAGAACGACGCAAACGGUGUUUAUGCUGUUGAGAAGCAAUGGACCAAAGUACUACCCCCAAAUGGCGAUACAACAACGGAGUUAUUAUGUGUAACUUGGUGGGAUGAUGAAGAAAGUGUUAUUCUUGUCGUGUGGUCGGACGGUACUGUGUGUUUAAUGGAUGUAGCGCUGUCAACUAUUGCUCAAUCGGUUAUGUUUAGUAGUGCUGAAGACCUGCGUCCAGGACGAGUGGUGAAAGCGGUUGCAUCUCCUCCUUCUUUCCAGGGAGCUCCCGCGUCGCGAACUUCCACUUCGACUCCUUCCGCCGUUUCUGCAACUGUCACAUCGGGGACGUCAAACUGUUCACGCCCAACAGGUCUUCUUGCCGUGGUUGUGGAUGAGAACAUUAUUGUGCAAUUCGCCGUGCACUCAUCGCUGCAUAAGAACGAACCAACGAGUUCUGAGGAACCACCACUGAAGACACAGAAGGUUGAAUCUCCAUCCCAAGGUGAAAUGGACUCUCCAACGUUAACGCUGGAACCCGGGCCUCAAACACACUGCAGUGAGGACAUUCCUAUUGGUGACAUUGCCAUAUUUGAUUGUCUUCUUCCUCACACACUAUGCGUGCUUCUGGAGAGCGGCGCACUGCUUAUACUAGAUGGUACUACUGUGGAAAUACUGUACCAGCGGCAGCUCAGUAGACUCUUUCCAUCCAAGGUAACAAGGAGGGCUACGAGUGGUGCAGAUGGUGGCAGCAAUGACAAACGGAGCGGAAAUUCCAGAGAAUGCAGUUUUCUUCUUAGGCCGAAGGAUAGACCCCUUACAAUGUGCAUACUGGAGCACAAUACUGCUGUCAUUCUCCGAGCCUCUUAA